AUGCCCGCGGAAUCUCUUCCUCCUGCUCCUGAACUCUUUUCCCGCUGGGGUGCCUUCCAGACAUGGUGGGGUCGAUCAAAUAAGGAACAAGCUCAGAUCGCGGAAGCUCGUUUACUCUCUCGACUUCAAUUCUUCUCAUUUAAAGGUGUCGCCUCCUCUGAUGCGGAAAAAUCAUCUACAGUGGCCCGUGUGGGUCUUGUUCAACUCUCUGGCAAGAACCGCCUCAUAAACACACUCAUCAUCCAUCAAAACUCCAAUCCUGCUGCUGUUGAUACUUCAAAUGAAGGAAUCGAACGUAAGGACAUGGAAACAGACGAUCAAGGACGCACUCCUAUUGCUCAGACAAAUCUUGAUAUGAAGACAGCCACAGAUAAAGAUGAUACAUCCAUGAUCUCGCCACCCGCACCAGGUGAGCGAGCUAUUGUGGUCUGCCAUGGCUAUGGCGCUGGAUUAGGCUUCUUUUUUCGCAACUACCUCAGCUUGAGUCAAAUACCCAACUCUAAGGUUUAUGCUAUUGAUUGGUUGGGGAUGGGGGGUAGCUCUCGACCCGACUUCAAAUUCAAGCACACAUCCAAGUCAUCGAUGAAGGAAGUCGUCAGGAACUCCGAAGACUUUUUCAUUGAGGGAUUGGAAGAAUGGCGACAAAUUCAACGAAUUGAAAAGAUGGUUCUUGUUGGACAUUCAUUAGGAGGUUAUCUCUCGACGGCUUAUGCCCUAAAGUAUCCCCAGAGAGUUGAAAAGCUAGUUCUUGUCAGUCCAGUUGGUAUUCCAGAAAAUCCGGCAGCACAAAGUGCCCCUCUUCCGAAUCCACCCUCGCAGGAUGGUACUUCAGAAGAGACAAGUGCCCAGGUUCAGAAUGGCCCUAAGGCCGCCUCCUCCGCAACCCCAUCAACCACUUGGAUACGGAGACUCGCGAUGGGAGCGUGGGAGCGCAACAUUACCCCACAGUCCAUUAUGCGCUUUACAGGACCAUUUGGCCCUUCACUCGUUGCUGCUUACACGUCUCGCCGGUUUGCGUACCUUGAAGAGGAUGAGCAAAGAGACUUGAAUAAUUACAUCUAUCAUAUUUCUUCCAAGAGUGGUAGUGGCGAAUAUGCACUUGCAACCAUCCUAGCGCCAGGUGCAUAUGCCCGCUGGCCCCUUAUGAACCGAAUGAAGGACAUUAAAAUGCCUACAGUCUUUUUAUACGGAGAAAGCGACUGGAUGGACUACAAAGCUGCCGAGAAAGCCAGGAAAACAAUGAAUGUACCGACUGCUUUAAUGAGAAUCCCUAAUGCAGGCCAUCAUCUCUAUCUCGACAAUCCACCGGCUUUUGAUAGGGCUAUUCUUCAAGUCAUUACAAAACCAUGGGAUCGCACAGCUUAG